UGCGAAAUCAUCCGAUGGGUCCCAAACCCGUGCGGUAAUAUCCCGGAAAUGUCGGAAGUGGCUCAAAUCCAUGGGACAAGAAACCCACGUGUGACGCUCCCCGCACGCUAGUGUAAUUAGGCAUUUUACAGACGGGUGUAGAAAAAAAUAAAUUUUUAUCGUGGUUGGUUCCGGAGCCAGUUCGGGGACACGUGUUCCGACACGCAUAUAAAUUGCUAGUAAUCGGGAAAUUCACUUAACACUUAUGUAAGAAAGUUAACUAACGAUAAUAAUUAUGCACGAGGCCUUGAUGCCUCGACACCGUUCUUGCGACUAGAGGGAAAAGAUCCUCUCAUUAAAAAAAAUCCAGGCAGCAACGUAUAUCGUAACCAUAGCGUAGACAUCGUAGGAAGAAGUGUCAACGGAUAAACGAUAUGGUCGGUCGACGCCUGCUGCAAAAUACCGUAUUUCUCGUAGCGGUUUGGUGUAUCGUUCAAACCUUGCAAGUCGAUCGGAGUGAAAACCAAGUAGAAACCGGAAAUCAGGUUUACGUGAUACGGCCCAAAAGAGCCACGCGCAAACCUGGAUUUUUCCGAACCCUCUUCCAAGUCACCAUGGAGCAAUUUAGGGACACAAAAGACACCUACAGAAAAGUGAACGAUAUGAUAAAUGACAACUUCUUGCCGGAAAACGUACCGGUUACGACUACGCCCAGAGUCGAGUCGAAUAACGCGACGACGACCGCGGCGCCUUACAAAAUCACCAGAAGCGAAUUCAACAAGAUCAUCCAGCGCAACGUAAAAGGUCUGGCUCGUUUAUUCAACAUCGAGCUGCGCGAAGCGCUGAAGCAAUCGGACAAGAACUAUGCGGAGUUUAGGAGGAAUACAUCGGUGGAAGUGUCAAAAUUUUUAUAACAUGUAAUUAAUCUGUGAUUUAGUGUCGAUUAAUUUUUGUUUUUGUUUAAUUUUUAAUAAAACACUAGAAGACUAAUUA